AUGGAGAAACGGGAAUGUUUUGUUGACUACUACAGAGUCCUGGAAUGCGAAAGAGCGGCCACUGACGAGGAAAUUAAAAGGUGUUAUAAACGACUAGUAUUAUUAGCACAUCCCGAUAAGGUUCAAAAUGAUAAUGACCAAGGUUUUCUCCUCAUCCAGAAGGCAUGGACUGUUUUGAAAGACCCUUUAAGUCGGAAACAAUAUGAUGCAGAACUUACCUGUCAUGAGCACAGUGAGUGUUUACUUUAUGAUACAAUUUCUUUAUCUGAUAUGAAUUUAGAGUCUAGUGAAGGUGUUUACUCAUAUCCGUGUAGAUGUGGUGGUACUUAUUUGUUGAGUGCCAGUGUUUCUGUAACAUCAGAUAUUGUUAUAGGCUGUGAUGAGUGUUCGUUUUCCAUCAAAAUUGGUAAAAUGGAGAGAUGA